UUGCAGCAGGCAUCUCACUGACUCGCACGACCUCCCACUGCACCAUUUCCCUCGUCGCGUGACCUCAACCUUCACUGAGAAUGCGCCUGACUGUAUAGUUGAGGGCUCAUUGCUCACCGCAUUCCAGACACCGCAUUUAUAUAUACCCAUAUAUAUAUAUACUCUCCAGACGAGGCUGUGGCCAGCUCUUCUUCUUGGCUAAUACAGUCGCUUUGGACGCCAAGAUGGACAGUGUCGAGACGGUGGAUGUGAGCUGGCUUCAUCAUUCGCGAAAAGAUACCCUGUCCAGAACCAAGUCAACAUCGUCAGCCAUUAGCGAUAAAUCGGGAUCGAGUGUAGAGACUACGGAGACACAGACCGCCGCGAAACCGCUUUCCUCAAAUGUAAACCAUCUCACGUCAGCCACCAGGAAAUCAUCACCGGAUCAGCAAUCACAGACGGUCUCUAGGUCGCAGGACGACCUGAAGGCUGGGUCCGUUGGUCAGACAGCAGGAGAGAAUAAAGGCUCUACGCAGACGCCGGGUUCACAAAAUGCCACUCCAAAGCCCGCUGGCAGUACGGCGCCAGUACGGCAACCCAGUAGACGCCCUUCGUGGAUCUCGAAUCUGAGCUCCAAGUUCUCCUCCUCUGCAUCUAGCCCCCCUGCGCAGAACAAUCAAAAGGAAAACUCAACUCCUCCGAGACCUAUUCCACCUACUUCGAGACUGGACUUGCCCAACCCGUUUGGUGCAGCCUAUUCCCCGAAAGACAAAGAGGAGAAGAAUGGAGAUGGGCCAAACCCCUUUAUCUCGAGCUCCCCGCGAAGCGGGUUUCUCCACAAUGCUCUCCGGAAAUUGUCCUCGUCAAGCACAAACGGGUCCGGUAAGAUGGCCACAAACGGUGUGGUGUGCCAGCGUCGUGUGAUGAAUGUGAACCAGAAUCGCGACAGGUGCAGAGUUCCAGACCUGAACCAAUCGAAACUGAAGCGUGUCGCAUUCUGUGUCGAUGUGGAAAUUGCGGGCAUUUCUCGUCGAGACUCGGACGAUGAGAAAGCAGACUCCCGCCCGAAGAAGGCCGACGUGAGGUCUAAGGAGAAGGGCGAGGGAGAGGCGCUGAAACACCCUCAGGCUGUUCUGCCUGAGAAAGAGAAUAAGGCCGUCGCCACAGGCUCGGGGAAGGGGCCAACGCAGGAGAAUGGAAGCCAGGGCGACGCUAAAACAGAUGUCCCGACCAAGGAGCCGACGAGAAAACAAGAGAAGAAGAAGCGGUCAGAAGAAGAGCGCAAGGAACGUAAAGAAAGAAAACGACGACUGGCGGAGGCAAACGGCUCGAUUCCCAUGCAGUUGAUAUGGGGAGAAGACGAUGAUGAGAGCUCGAGUGCGCCUACGUCUGGCACCGGCCGCUCCAGAACGCAGAGUCAGCCGACUACCGAUCCCGUGAGAAUAUAUCGGCGGUGUUGUCAGCUUCGUGAAACCCCGGUCUUGAAGAAGCUUGUUGAGCAGAUUUCAUCUCCUUCGUCUACCCUUGCGGAGUCUCCAGGGACCGUUGCCGUGCUAGAUCUCACCGAUUUCCCCAUGAGCCUCGAAGACAUCAUCACGUUUAGCGACUGGCUUGCAGUGGUACCGGUAAGAAAACUCAUACUGGAGAAUUGCGCGCUCACGGACGAAGGCGUCCGCUCGAUCCUUGCCGGUCUGUUGGCCACCAAGACCGCAGAACAAGCUAGGUAUCGUCGGAGGAGAUCACGGAAACCCAAUCUUCAGACCGAUCCCAAGGAAGAGAGCUUCGGUGUGGUUGAGAAGCUGUCCUUGAAGAAGAACCCCAAGAUCGGCCCAGAGGGCUGGCGGCACAUCUGUCUCUUCGUACACCUGUCAAAGUCUCUCAAGGCAAUUGAUCUCUCCGGCAUUCCGUUCCCAAGGCCCCCUGCUGCCGCUAAUGGCCCGGGAUCGUUGAACCGGACCGAGUACCCUGGCGCAGAUAUUGGUGCCGUUUUCUCAACUGCUUUGGAGAAGCGGUUCGGGGGUAGUCAUCUGGAGGAGUUGUUGCUGAGCGAAUGUCGACCAGCAACUGGUGACGUUGGAAAGAUCUGUGAUGCUGCCGUUGCAUUCGGUCUGAGGAGACUUGGUCUUGCGAAUAACGAGCUGACCAGGGAAGGCCUCCAGCAUGUGGUCCGCUAUCUACAGUCUGGAAAAUGCGAAGGUCUCGACCUUGGUGGAAAUCCUCUGGAAGAUCAUCUUGACCUCUUGCCAUCUGCUUUCGAUAGCAAACACCCUCUCUACGCCCUCAGCUUGGCCGACUGUUCGCUCACACCACCAACUCUUGCGCCGUUGCUCCAAGCUUUUGUUCGCUUACCUAACUUCCGGUUCGUCGACCUGUCGCACAACCGUGGUCUCUUCUCGUCGCAGCCAGAUGCCCUUAUCAUGCUGAGGCGAUACUUGCCCAAGAUGCCGUUGCUCAAGCGCAUUCACUUGGCUGAUGUGGAUCUAUCUCCCGACCAUGCCAUCGCACUGGCUGAGAUUCUGCCAGAAUGCCCGAGUCUUUGCCAUCUGAAUAUAAUGGAAAACUCGCAGAUCAGAAGACUUGCAGAGGCGGCCGAUCCUGCCAGCCAAGAGGAGGCGUGUGCUGUGUAUGCCUCGCUGAUGGCUGCAGUACGUGUCUCCCGCACCAUCAUCGCAGUCGAUAUUGAAGUUCCCACUGCGGAGAGUAACGAGUUCGUCAAGGCUCUGGCGUCCCAGAUCGUGGCGUACUCACUCCGGAAUUUGGAACGCAGCUCUAUGGAGGAGGACCUUUCUGGUUCUACGGAUGCCGGGACGGAAGGCGACGUCCCUAUACCAGAGAUCCUGCAACAUGUCGUCGGUCACCUUGAUGGAGAAGAACUGGGAGAAGAAGAUGACGAUCCUGCACCAGAUGAGGAUUAUGUCAUUGGAGGCACUGGUGUCGCGAAAGCUCUUGGAGUCUGUCUGGGUAACGCAGACCAUCACCAUUCCGACAGUUUGGACUUUUCCGCUCCCCCCAGCGGCACCACCACGCCGAGACAUCGGAAGAGCCGGUCCCGACCUCCCAAGAGGCCUCGUGAUAUGUCUAAGAAUUUGUUGGUAGCUGCCCGCAAGAUUCGUUUGCGGAUCCAGUCAGCUCUGGUCCGUGAAGACCGAGCUGGUAACGACACGAACUACCGGCGUCUACAAUUCCUUGAUUACACAUUGCAGAAAAUGAUCCAGCGCUUUGAAUAUGAAUACCCUGAGACACGCGUUGCCGCGCCGCCGCCACCACCAGCUCCUCGUGAGGACACAUCUUCCCAGCAUUCUGACGAAAUCAAUGAUCAAGGAAUCUCUGGCGGAAGUCCUCCGUCUGGAACCAACUUCGAUGACGAAACCGCCAUUGACGACGAAGAUACUGAACACUACGUUAUUGGAAUAUCACGUAGCAGCUCAAAUACUUCCCUCCACUCGCGUGCCCUGACAUCUGAGGAAGGUCAUAUCCAUCGCCUUGGCCAGAGUAUCCGCCGUGACUUCCUCAAGGACUACCCUGCCGCCAACCUAUCUUCGUCUCCACUCGAUGAUUCCCACAUUGCCUCCCUGCGGGAGAAGCUUGAGCGUUUGCGUGGUGAACAGAUACGCUCUCGCGUUGAAAGCGUAGGUCCGGACAAGGCUCUCGAGGAGCUGGGCUGUACCAUGGAGGAGCUCUGGUUGAUCCAGAAGCAGGACGCGGAGGCGUUCCAGAAAUUUAAAGAGAGCCAAAUCGCUGCUCAGAUCAACGCCGGCAUGAGGCCAAGCCCUUCUGUCGACGAAGAGGCAGUGGAUAACAGCGCCAUCGAGUAACCGUGACCGUGUUGUCGUCAUCGAGUUAUCCACUAGCGUCGUGCCAGAUCCUUCCCGAAGGCUUCUUGACAUGCUCUAUAUACUUUCCGGUUACAACAUCUCACCAGUCCAUCUCGGAUGGGACGCCUUUUGUACAUAGUUUCCACUCCGUGUGACAUGAUUUGUUUUAUCUUAUUUAAUCUACUGGCUCUUUGCCAUUGGUGUAUUCUAUCUG